AAAAACGUCACCGGUAUCUGGCAACGUAAGACGUCAGUUGAAGGUUUGUUGACAAAGCUUCACUGACCGCAGGCCGCCGUGACCUCAUCAGGGACGCGCAAAUGAUUCUUAUUGGUAAUAUCUUGACAGUUGGGAAAUGCCUCAGCAAUAUUAAUCUGCAGGACCGUUCGAAGCGUGUUAUGUGGUUGGCUGGAGUGACGCCGGCCAAUUGUUAAUUCAGGGAGCUAGCAUGUAUGCUAGCAAGCGCAUUCAAAUGAGGGAAAGCAAAGCGUUCGUAAACGGCGUUUCCACAUCAAACUAUCGCUCGUUUUAAACUUUCAUCAGUGUCUGUUGGCAUGAAAAGUCCAUGAUGCUGGACUGGAAUCCGUCAGCUUUACAGGUGGGCCUUUUGGCUACCAGCUCGGCCCUCACUGCUGUCUUCUACAAUGUGUAUAGGAACAAAGCAGCGACAGUGACCAAACUGAAGGAUGCCAAGAAAGUUUCCAUUGACCAGGAUUUGAAAAUAAUCCUGUCUGAAACACCUGGAAGAUGUUUCCCUUAUGCUGUCAUCGAGGGCGUGGCGAGGUCUGUGAAAGAAACUCUCCAUAGCCAGUUUCUCGACAACUGCAAAGGCGUCAUUGAGAGACUGACUUUGAAGGAGGAGAAAAUGGUGUGGAACCGCACCACCCAACUGUGGAGCAACACUCAGAAAGUCAUCCACCAGCGCACCAACACCGUUCCGUUUGCGCUCGGCCCGCACGACGACGACAUUGCCGCCACCGUUCGCAUCAUGCGCCCGCUUGACGCCGCCGAGUUGAAUCUGGAGACCACGUAUGAGAACUUCCACCCCGCAGUUCAGUCCCUGUCCAGCGCCAUCGGCAACUUCAUUAGUGGCGAGCGACCCAAAGGCAUUCACGAAACCGAGGAGAUGUUGCGCGUGGGCGACAGCGUCACAGGCGUAGGCGAGCUGGUGCUGGAUAACAACAUCAUUAAGCUCCAGCCGCCCAAGCAAGGCUUCACUUAUUUCCUCACUCGGCUGGACUACGACGCUCUCCUGAGGAAGCAAGAGCGAGAUGUCCGACUGUGGAGGAUUCUGACUGUAGUCUUCGGCCUUGCUGCCUGCUCCACUUUCGUCUACCUACUGUGGAAGCAGUACGUCUGCCACAGACAGAGGAAGCGCGUGAAGCGCAUGCUUCGGGAGUUUGAGGAGCAAGAGAAGAAAAAUAAGGGGGAACACAAUUUGGAGGAAGGCGGCGCGCAAGCCAGCAGGUGCACCGUCUGCUUGUUCCAGGAGCGCUCCUGCGUCUUUCUGGAGUGCGGUCACGUGUGCACGUGCACGAGAUGCUACCAGGCUCUGCCGGAGCCAAAGACGUGUCCCAUCUGCAGGGCGCCUAUCGACAGGAUGGUGCUCAUAUACAAUAUCUAAUGCGGGCACACUCGCGUCACACUGACCCUCUUUGUUUUGUUAUGUUUUCUUGCCUGUGGACUAAAUUGCCUCCAUCAUCAAGUUGGCUUUUGCAGGGAAAAGGGAAGUAAUGGGGCUGCGUACAAUUCAGACCUAACAUCAUGACUAAUUGCAAUACAACGGUAUGAAAUAUUCUGCCUUUGAGAUGUUUUUGUUAUAAAUUGAAAAGUCUA